AACAUAAAAGCCCAAAUCACAUUCAAAGAAAAAUAAAGAAAACUUUCUUCCCCGCUUCCCACUUCGCCGGGCCUCUCUGCCCCAAGCCGCCGACGACCGCCUCUCCUCGUGCCUAGCCACCACAUCUGGCAUUGGCGCUGCCGCAGUUCUCUCUUCCUUUUUCUCCGCGCGUCUCUAUUCCCUCCGGUGUCGCUUUCUUUCACUGUGAGUUGCAGCCAUGUACGGAGGGGAUGAAGUAUCGGCUAUAGUGAUAGACCUAGGGUCUCACACUUGCAAAGCUGGUUAUGCCGGCGAAGAUGCUCCCAAGGCUGUGUUUCCUUCUGUUGUGGGGUCCAUUGAUCAAAUGGAUGCCGAUGAUGACAACGAAAACAACGAUUCUGAGACUAACAACAAUAAUGUUGAUUCCAACAAACCCAAGGGAAAACGCAGAUUGUAUGUAGGCUCUCAAGCCUUGGGUCUUCGACGCGAUCAUAUGGAGGUGCUGUCUCCCCUAAAGGAUGGGGUUGUUGUUGAUUGGGAUAUUGUUGACAGCAUAUGGGAUCAUGCUUUCAAGGAGUGUUUACUCAUUGAUCCUAAGGAACAUCCAAUGCUACUUGCGGAGCCAUCAUCCAACACUCAACAGCAGAGGGAGAGGACAGCGGAACUCAUGUUCGAAAAGUACAAAGUUCCAGCUUUAUUUUUGGCCAAGAAUGCGGUUCUUACAUCCUUUGCAUCAGGACGUGCUACCUCUGUCGUUGUUGAUAGUGGUGGAGGAUCAACUACAGUUGCCCCAGUACAUGAUGGUUAUGUUCUUCAAAAGGCAGUGUCUUCUUCUCCUAUUGGAGGAGAAUUUCUUACCGAUUGCUUGAUGAAAAGCUUGGAAAGCAAAGGCAUUGUGAUAAAACCGAGGUACUCCUUUAAGAGAAAGGAAAUACAACCAGGGGUGUUCCAGGUAACUCUAGAUAUUGAUUUUCCUUAUACAACAGAAUCCUACAAGCUCUACUCCCAGAGAGUAAUAGCAAGUGAUAUCAAGGAAUGUGUGUGUCGAGCUCCUGAUACUCCAUAUGAUGAAAGUGCAUAUUCAAAUGUCCCAAUGACCCCGUACGAGCUUCCUGAUGGCCAGACAAUUGAAAUUGGUGCUGAUAGAUUUAAAAUCCCUGAUGUUCUGUUUUACCCACCUUUGGCUCAGACAAUUCCUGGAAUGGACAAUUUUGCUGAUAUUUUUCCAUCUGCUCGUGGUUUGCCACAAAUGGUCAUAGAAAGCAUUAAUAGAUGCGAUGUGGACAUUCGGAAAGAAUUGUUUGGCAGUAUACUGCUUGCUGGUGGCACAGCAUCAAUGCAACAGUUGAAAGAACGUCUUGAGAAGGACUUGCUGGAGGAGUCUCCUCAAGCUGCUAGAGUUAAAGUAUUGGCAAGUGGAAAUGCAACAGAAAGAAGAUUCAGUGUUUGGAUAGGAGGGAGUAUAUUGGCAUCUCUUGGUUCAUUCCAGCAAAUGUGGUUCUCCAAGUCCGACAUGCAACUGGCAGGUAUGAAGAGCAUGGAGCUUCGUAUAUACAAAGAAAAUGCCCUUAAGAUGAGGACGAUGGGCUGCAUUUCUUGUCAUGGUAUGAGAUCUAUUUUGGAUUCUAAGUACACCCAUUUGUGCUAACACUUAUCAGAUUGAUGUCGAUUGUAGGUCAAUGUAAGGUAUUCUAUUUACAAAAGAACACAUUAGCUUACAUAUACCAUUAUAAUCAAACUGUUCCUGAUGUCAUUACUCUGUUAAAUUGUUUAAUCCUGUAGCCUUACUGACCACCUUUAUUGUUAUGGGAAACAUAUUUGCAUGAACUUGGUUCAAAUCACUUAAAAGAGUGUAAUGUCUAUUAUUAUUGCCAUCAUUGUGGUGCUGCAUUCAUGGGUAUCGGGAAAGAUGGUUUUUCUUUCUUAUUCAGAUUCUGUUAAUAUUCAGUUUGUAACAAGUUUCUGCUUCGUUGUGCAUUGGGAUAUCUUUGUUAAACAUGGCAUUUUGUUUUGCACAUAAUGAUGGAUGGUUUGCAAACAUUAUUGGAGUGAAAAGCCAACCAAAAGCGAUUGCAUACAACUGGUGUGAAAACAAUAGUUACAGUAUGGCUUUGAAUUAGUAUGUUUGAGGUUUAAUCGAUUAGAGUGGGAGUCCAACAAAUUAGUAUAUGCUAGAUAUAUAUUUGAGGGUUUGAAUUCCAAUAGUAUUUGAGGUUUUAAUAAUUUUCAUGCAAAUAAUAUUUUACAGGUUC